AUGCCGGAUACAGACGAAUUCAAAGGCGCGAGAAAGCCACAUCGAAAAACUCGCACUGGAUGUGCAUCCUGUAAGAAGCGCAGGAUCAAGUGCGACGAAGCAAAACCUACAUGUCUCAACUGCAAAAAACACAACAUAGCAUGUCCAUUCUCCAUCAGCUCGUCUUCGCUUACCUCGGAUUCCGACUCUACUCAAAAUCCACCUUCUAAUGCGAGGCGCUUCGUACCAUCUCGGUACCAGGACCAGGUACUUCCAUCGUCUGUUUGCCAAAAGAGGGAUCUUAGUCCUGCAACGCAUUUAACUCCCACCGGAGUACAGAAUUCUCCCGUCAUCCCGACUUUCACUGCCGAAGAGUUUGAACUCUGGCACCAUUUCUUGAUGAUAACAUGCCCGACGAUUGGCGAUGAUCCUGGAAGUCUUCGUUUCUGGCAAAUGAAUGUUCCUAAUAUUGGCUUCUCCAACCAGUUCGUACUACAUCUGACGCUAGCUUUGGCUGCAUUCCAUUUAGGUCGUACCAAUCCAGAACGUAGGGCGAAAUAUAUAGCACUCGCUGAAAAGCAUGAGACGAUAGCCUUGCAAGGAGUGACUACAGUACUACCUGGUCUCGAUUCAAUGAAUUGUGAGGCUCUUUAUGCAGCGGCUACCUUGAUCUGCUUUUGCUAUCUCGCCAAAGGCCCGCAGUCUGGGGAAUUCAUUGCGUUCAGCGAGACUGGAAACAUUCAGUGGUUGAUCUUGCUUGGAGGAGUAAGAUCGAUCAUGGAUAGUAAACGUGCUGAGCUUUAUGCUGCAGUUCUUGGACCCAUUCAGGAAGCGUCUGCCUCAUACAAACCCGCAAAACGAAAGCGAGAUUCCGUGCCUGACUAUGUGCAACCUCUGGAGGAGUUACGACGACACAUCGAAAGCAGAGCUGCUACGUAUAGCUUCGAUGCUGGGAUUUGCCUCAAAGUGCUGGACAAUCUCGUUAAAUCUUUCCAUGCCGUCUAUGAGCGCAUUAUACGGACAGGCGAGGAUGAUAGGAGACAUUCGCCGCAAGUUUUUGGUUGGCUGUACAGACUUCCACCGGAGUUCACUCAACUUCUAAUAGAGAAGUGCUCAGCGGGUCUGAUCAUACUCGCCCAUUUUGUGGUGCUGCUUAAAGAAAUCGAUUACUAUUGGUUUAUUGAAGGCUGGGCAGAACACAUGAUGAGUGGCAUUAAAAAUAUCCUUGGAAAGGAACAUGAGACUUUGAUCGAAUGGCCCAUUCGUCAAAUCAGAAGAGCAGAGGCUUGA